UAUAUAGUAAUUUGGUGAAUUAUUUAGCGAAAUUCGGAGUUAAAUUUGUAUAUAUAAUGUGGAAUUUGUGGAAUCACACAUUAUUUCACAAAUUUCAAUUUUUACCUAAAAUUCAUAAAAUAUUUAAUCUCUCAACACAACAAUAAUUUAAAUUUUAAUCUUUUAAAAUGUUAAUCUUAAUAUAUCAACAAUGUUAAUAUAUUAAUAAUGUUAAAAUAAUUUGUUAAAAAGUUGGAUAUGAUGGAGCUUUGCGAUUUGUCGGAUAAAAGGGAGCGAAUUCUCAAGGUUUUAAAAAACUCCAAGGAAUCUAACCACUUGUUUCCUCCAAUCACACUAACUUCUCACAAACUCCAUCAAACCAAUUUUAAUAAUAUUAAUUUUAAUAAUGUUGAAAAUGUUGAAAAUGUGUUUGAGGAUGUUAGGGUUGAUAAUUUGGCUCGUGUGAUAUCGAGGCUAAAACUGGCGCUAAGUGUCUUAAGGCCAGUUGUAUCUGAGAUGAGUUUACUACUCUCAAACUAUGCAAAUCUAACUGAAAAACUGAAUAACACAAGGGAACUCACGCGAAAAAUCGAAUCUUCUGACGAUUUUACGCGUUUGUCACGGAUAGAAACUGCGUUGAAUGAUAAUUAUCUCAGGUUAAAGUCUGUAGAAACUCUCAAGUUACACCUGAGUCCUGGGAGUAAAGUUGAUAUUUCUCGCCCUGUCACGCUGGACACGGCGUCGCUAGAGGAAAUUCUACACCUUAUCACAGCCUCAGAACAACUCAAAUUAUCCAAACACUUUUGUAACAAAUUACUGUCACACCACACUGACACAACUGGUAACACAUUAUGUGAAGCGUUACGGGGAGUAAAUCAUAGUUUAGAAAAGGUGACCGAGUUAUGUUAUGAGAUUUUGUGUAAGGAGAUGGAAAGGAUUACGUUAUUGUCUGACAGAUUAAACUCCGACUCUGGCGUCAUACAUGAACCACUCAUCAAUCUCCCACACACACAAGAUACCCUUAACAUCACAUCACUCUUCGAAGUUUCCCUCAAUUAUUCUAAUUGUGUUAAUUAUCCAAAUUCUCUUAAUUAUGCGAAUUGUGUUGAUUAUGGAAAUAGUGUAAAUUAUGGGAAUAGUGUGGAUAGUGUGGAUAGUGGCACCGUAACGGAGAAGCUUGGGAUAAGAUUAUUGAGGAUAUUAGUGCUAGAUCCUCGUAAACUACGCGAAUUCCUCCUGUGUAGUCUUGGGUUUUUAUCAAAUUUAGCGCAAAAACGGUAUUCGGCGCUGUUGAAGUAUAUCAUUUCAAACCCUAGAAACAGGGACAACAACGCCGUUUACGACGUGUUUAUGAACUUACAACUGGUCAUUUCACUCGUUAAAUCAAGUGUCAUCGCACUCUACAACAACUGCGACUUGGAUUUGUACAACACACACCAACAGUGCCAGGCUCCCACAGCGGAAAAUUACAUACACAAAGUCACCGAAACUCUCGUACCUCUUCUAGAACAUAAACUACACUCCCUAAUAACUCAUACUCAUGAUAUUGGGGAUACUCUGGAUGGUAGGGAUACUCUGGAUUGUAGGGAUAGUGUUGACGUAGUAGUCCGGGGAGUCAAUGAGAUAAUUGAGUUGUAUACGGCGAUACAGAUAAGUCACUUCUACUAUAAUAAGAUUUCAAACAUAUUAACACCGCCGUAUCUACAAAUUUCCAACUCUCUUUCAUCUUCUGUAAACUCAUUUGAGGUCACCCAAAACCCUACGGAGUACCCCCGUGACACCACUGUAUACCCCUUAGAAAGUGUAAACCCUGUACCCACUGUAAACCCCUUAGAAGGUGAGUCCCCUGUACCAAGAGAAUCCCCUGUAUUGAAAAGUAUUGAUCGUAUGUGUAAUGAGUGGAAUGAGUUGAUAAUGUUAAAGUUACAAAAGAGUAUAACGGUGCCACUGUCUACUGAAGAUUACACGGGCUCUGAGGAGGAAAUUUUACGUCUAAUCGCUAAUUUUCUGAGUGAAAUUGUCUCAAUUCAGCUUGAAUAUUCUGUCUCCAAUGACCUCAUUACCAUCCUUGAAAUGACAAUUAACCCUGUCAUCAACUGGUGCCAACGUGUCUCUAACUCACGCACCACACCCGGGAACUCUGGUGACAUUUUUUUACUAAACGCUUACUCACAGUUGUUAGGUUCAAUUCAGUCACCAUUGGUUGAGAAAUCGUUUAAACAACUGUUGGAAGAGUUGAGGGAAAAUGCCAUCGACUCCAUUGUCAGUCACGCGAUACCACAGGUGAUCACAGCACUGGGCGGGAAACUGUCACACCCUUCUGAACACAGUUUAGAUAAUGUGGAACUCGAUGAAAAGUUUUUGUAUAAUGUGAAGGCGGUGAUAUUUGCGGAUGGUGUAGUGGAGUUGGUACCACAGCUUGGAGAUGAAUUUAGUAAACUUGAGACUACUAAUUUGAAAUUAGUACUAAAAAGAAUUUACACACACUUGGCUAAAAUAUAUCAAUCACACUUAAACGAUGAUACUGCACAUAAACUCGUCACACUCGCUAAUACAUACUCUUAAUAUACUAUACUUAC